AUGGCGUACCUCCCCGUGCCUAGCUUGCAGACGGGGGGGGCGCUGUGGUUCACCGACCUCUCGGCGGCCGACCCCUUCUACAUCCUGCCCUUCGCCGUCACCGGGACCAUGUUCUUCAUCCUGGAGUGCUCAGCAGAACUCACCAACAGCCACGUGGACUGUGGCCUUAAACCGUCUGGGAACGAUGCAGGUAUACAUUCCUUCAUCCUCCUCCGUGAUGUUGUGCAGCGUCAGGGAAAUGUUCCCGCUGGACAUGUCUGUGUCGUUUAG